ACAUUAUGUAUAGGAGAAUAUUCAUUAAUUGUAAACACAGCUGCAGAGACUGCGACUUUCCAAACCCAGGAUACUUAUGAAAUCACUCCUCUUAUGAGACCUCUCUAUAUUUUUUUCUUUGUUUCUGUAGAUCUUGCACACAGGUAAUAAGCUACCAAAUACUUUGUCACUUGCUUUGUUUUUAAGCAUACAUACACAGUAUGAGCUCUCCUUAGUAUUAAAAAACUGAAUCUAUGAAAGUCAUCAAGACCAAACCAUUGGGUGAUAGUUGUUCUGAUGAUUAAUCUCUUAGGAGUAAUCUCUGUUAAACAUUCAUACUAACGUAGUAAUUAAACCUUAUUGAGGAGUUAAAAGAAAACUCUUUGGUAAGAGAAAUCAGCAAAAUUUCAAUUCUGUGUUUCACUUUAAAUAAGGAGCUGUGUGCUAUAAGAUAGCCUGGCUGAGACCUGUGAAAAGGAGAUGGAAUUUUCCUAUGAGGGUAUAAUGAAGAAUUUAAAAUUUAUACCAUAAAUAUUAUGUACAGAUAGAGUGAAUUUAAGAUGAGUAACAUUUCUAAUUUUGUUAUAAUAACUAUGUAGGAUGAAUACUGAUUUUUUACAAAUCAAUUUGCUAUAGAAGAAAAAUAGACUUUUUUAACAAAACUGUUUACCAAACUGUUUACAAAAUUGUUGGAUAACCCCCUUUGCUCACCUUUUCUAAAUCUGACUUUUCUUUCUCUGUUUCUGUAGAUUGCAGCUUUCUCUCUCACAGGUUUAUGUCCAGAUAGAAAUGUAAAGGCAUUUAAUGGACUGAAUGUCUUCAAAUUCAUAUAUCAAAGCCUGUCCCCCAGUGUGAUGGUGAUUGGAGAUGGGGUCUUUGGGAGGUGAUUAGGAAAAUGAGGGUGGGGCCUUGGUCUGAUGGAAUUAAUGCCCUUAUCAGAAGAGACACCAGAGAGCUUGAUCUCUCUCUCUCUCCACCAUGUGAGGAUACAGUGAGAAGGCUGCUGUCUGCAAACCAGCAAGAGAGUUCUCAGCAGAACCUGACCAUGCUGGCACACUGAUCUUGGACUUUCAGCCUCCAGAAUAAUUUCUGUUGUGUAAGCCACCCAGUCUGUGGUAUUUCAUUAUGGCAGCCCAAGCUAAGACAGAUUUUGAUACCAAGAGGUGGGUUGCUCCUGUAACAGAUACCUAAAAGUGUGGAAGUGGCUUUCAAAUUGGGUAAUGGGUAGGGGCUAGAAGCGUUUUGAGGCUCAUGCUAGAAAUGUGGACUUAAAGGCAUUUCUGGUGAGGUGAGAAAUGAGAACAUGUUCUUGGAAACUGGAGGAAAGGUGAUUGUUGGUAUAACGUGGCACAAAACUGUUCUAAUUUUUAUGGAAAGUAGAACUUGAAAGUGAUGAAAUUGGAUAGAGAGUUAAGGAGAUUUCCAAGCAAGUGGCUAAAAGAACAGCUUGAAUUGAAGAAGGAAUUGCUAAGCAAAAAAUAAUCAGAACUAGAAGAUUUGGAAAAUUUUCAGCCUAGCCAUAUUGCAAAAAAAAUGAGAAAGCAUGUUCUGAAGUGAGCACCAAGAGUGUGACUGGACUAACACUAAAGAGUUCAAGGGGUUAUAUGACCAGAAAUACGGCCAGUUUGAACUAAAGCAGUCAGAGACCAGAUGAAAUGAACUAAGGCUGUUAGACUUCUUAGAUUUGACAGGUCUUUAAGAAGAGGGGAAAAAUGACCCCAAAAGUGAUUCAGAGAUUGUCAGGGCUACUUCCUUGGUUUCAACAAACUAGAAGCUGGAAGCCUUGGGUCUAGUACUUGCCCUGCAAAGCGUUGGGGGUGGGACCCACACCUAGAGCUGUUUGGGUAAUGAUGGCAACCCUGGAGGCCUAGAGGGCAAAAUAUGGAACCAAGAAGAUUCUUCCUCAGCCUUAAGGUCUAAUGGAAUUUGCCUUGCUAGGUUUUGGACUUUUUUGGAACCUGUCACCCUUUCCUUCUUUCCUAUUUCUCCCUUCUGGAAUAAGAAUGUUCAUUCUGAGGUCACCUGGGUGGCUCAGUCGGUUAAGGGGCUGACUUCAGCUCAGGUCAUGAUCUCGCGGUCUGUGGGUUCCAGCCCCGUGUUGGGCUCUGUGCUGACAGCCACUUGGAGCCUUGAGCCUGCUUCAGAUUUUGUGUCUCCCUCUCUCUCUGCCCCUUCCCUGCUCGUGCUCUAUUCUCUCUCUCUCUCUCUCUCUCUCUCUCUCUCUCUCUCUCUCUCUCUCUCUCUCAAAAAUAAACAUUAAAAAAAAAAAAAAAAAAGAAUGUCCAUUCUGGGGCUGUCCCACUGUUUUAUUUUGGAAGUACAUAGCUUGUCUGAUUUCACAGGUUCACAGCUGGAGAGGGAUUUUGCCUCAGGAUGGAGUGUACUUGAGUCUCACCCAUAUCUGCUUUAGAUGGUAGUUAGAUGAAACUUUGGACUUUAGCCUGUAGAAUUGAUGCUGGAAUUUUUUAAGACUUUUGGACCUGUUGGGAUGGAAUGAAUGUGUUUUGCAUGUAAGAAGAACAUGAAUUUGGGAGACUGGGUUAGAAUGUUAAGGACUGAAUGUUUCUGCCCCCUGCCCUAACUCCCAAUGUGAUGGUAUUUAGAGACGGGGUCUUUGGGAGGUAAUCAGGUCAUCAGGGUAGUCCUAUUCUUAUGGGAUUGGUGCCCUUAUAAGAAGAGAGACCGGAGAGCUUGAUCUCUCUCCUUCCACCAUGUGAGGAUGCAGUGAGAAGUUGGCUGUCUGCAAGGCAGGAAGAGUGUUCUCACCAUAACCCAACCAUAAUGGCACUGAUUUCCCUGUCUCUAGAACUAAAAGAAAUAAAUUUCUGUUAUUUAAGCUACCUGGUCUGCGGUAUUUGUUAUGGAAGCCUGAAAUAAGACAUUUAAAAAUAUUUAGCUAUUUUGUAUACUGAAACUGACCUAUUCUUAGGUAUCCAAUUGCUAUUCCUUAAAUCUUAAUCUCUUCUCAUUGUGCUACAUUUGUGGACCAGAGGACACUAUAAUAUCCUUUUUCUUCAUCCAGUCAAAUAUGUUUACGGUAAACAUACCAGGUCUAGAACAAACGAAUCAGAUUUUACACAUCUUGUUUAUAUUUUUACCCUUUCUGUGGGCACUCGGGACUCUGCCCCCACCUGAUGCCCUUUUCUUAUGGGCAAUGGAGCAGAUUUUAGAGUUUGGCCUUGGAGGCUCAUCUAUGUCAACCCAUUUACGGUUAUUAAUAAUGUUCAUCAUCUCUGCUGGAACAGCGGUAACAUCGUAUUUCAUUCCCAGCACUGUUGGUGUGGUUCUUUUCAUGACUGCACUUGGGUUCUUGCUGAGUCUUAACCUAAGUGACAUGGGUUUUUUCUUCAAACACAGUGCAACUGGACACAGAGUUGGAACCAAAUCUAAGGCUUUACCCAAUGGGUCAGAAAAACAGUUUACUUGGAAGGAAUGCCUUUUCUAUAUUAUUAUAUUAGUCUUGGCUCUCAUAGAAACUAGUUUGCUGCAUCAUUUUGCUGGUUUCCCACAGAUUUCCAAAAACAGUCCUCAGGCUAUUGUUGGCUAUAUUUUGAUGAUAUUGCUUAUAAUACUGUGGCUACUUAGAGAAAUUCAGAGUGUCUGUAUCUUUGGAAUUUUCCAAAACCCUUUAUAUCCAAAGAAUGUGCAAACUGUGACUUUAUUCUUAGAGAAGCAAAGAAGGCUUAUGAAGAUUGGUGUUAUCAGACGGAUUUUGCUAAAUCUAGUGUCGCCUUUCGCUAUGAUAGCAUUUCUUUCAUUGGACAGUUCCUUACAAGAGCUCCACUCUGUGUCUGUCUCCAUUGGGUUCACAAGAGCUUUUAGAAUGGUGUGGCAGAAUACAGAAAAUGCUUUAUUGGAGACAGUCAUCAUAUCAGCAGUGCACUUAUUAAUCUCCAGUACAGAUGUGUGGUGGAACAGAAGCCUGGAUACAGGAAUCAGACUCUUACUGGUUGGUAUCAUGCGUGAUCGUCUGAUUCAGUUCAUCUCUAAACUGCAGUUUGCCGUGACUGUACUUUUUGCAUCGUGGACUGAGAAAAAACGUCGAAAGUCAACCACCACUUUAUGUAUACUCAACAUUGUCUUCUCUCCAUUUGUGCUGGUCUUCAUAGUUUUUUCUACACUACUCUCCUCUCCAUUACUCCCCCUCUUCACCCUUCCUCUGUUCUUGGUGGGCUUUCCCCGACCUGUUCAGAGUUGGCCAGGAGCAGUGGGCACCACAGCCUGCAUAUGUGCAGAUACAGUAUACUACUACCAGAUGGUCCCACAUUUGACCACUGCGCUGCAGUCUGCAAUGGCAGCUGGAAGUUUAGGUCUCCUCUUACCUGGGUCUCAUUACUUGGGCCGUUUUCAGGAUCGUUUAAUAUGGAUAAUGAUUCUAGAAUGUGGCUAUACUUACUGCUGUAUUAACAUUAAGGGCUUAGAAUUGCAGGAGACAUCCUGUCAUACUGCUGAAGCUCAAAGAGUUGAUGAAGUUUUUCAAAGUGCCUUUGAACAAGAAUAUGCAAGAGUAUGUUCUGUUAAUGAACACUUUGGAAAUGUCUUGACACCCUGUAUUCUUUUGCCAGUAAAACUCUAUUCUGAUGCCAGGAAUGUUCUAUCUGGCAUAAUCGAUUCUCAUGAUAACUUAAAAGAAUUUAAAGGUGACCUUAUUAAGGUACUUGUGUGGAUACUUCUUCAACACUGUUCCAGAAGGCCCAGCAUGCAGGAGGUUAUUCACAAAACUGAAAAUAAAGGGAAAGAAUCUCUAAUAAUCCUGCCUGCUUUGAAUGCUUCACCACAAACCCAAUCCCUAGAAGACACAGAUAGUUUAAAUUCAGAAAUUUUGGAUGAUUGGUCUGAUGAUAAUGUUUUUGGUGAUGAGCCAACUAUCAAAAAAGGAAAAGAAGAAAAAGAUCAAUUGAAAGUUGUACCAGGUGUAAAUUUGCCUAUUCCGGGAUCAGUAGAAUCACAGGGGGUCGGUGAUCAUUCAGUAGGCACAGUUCCUGAAAAUAAUCUUUACAAGGCAGUUAUAUUGGGAUACCCUGUUGUUGACAAAGGAAAACAAGAAGACGUGGCAUAUAUCCCUCUCAUGGAGUUCAGUUGUUCUCAUUCUCACUUGUUAAGCUUACCUGAAGAGUGGACGUCUAACUGUUUGCCUAACUCCAAAAUGAGGGAGAUGAGCUCAUUAUUUCCAGAAGAGUGGUACCAGUUUGUUUUAAAGCAGUUGGAAUGUUUUCAUUCAGAAGAAAAUGCCUCAAAUGUACUGGAAGAAAUCGCAAAGGACAGAGUUUUAAGAGACUUUUAUGUUCAUGCCGUAAUGACUUGUUAUUUUAGUUUAUUUGGAGUAGAUACUAUGGUUCCCAGUCCUGGUCAUAUAUUGAGAGUUUAUAGUGGUGUUUUGCCUUGGUCCCUUGCCUUGGAUUGGCUUACAGAAAAGCCGGAACUGUUCCAACUAGCACUGAAAGCUUUCAGGUAUACUCUGAAACUCAUGAUUGAUAAAGCAAGUUUAGGUCCAAUAGAAGACUUUAAAGAGCUGACUAACUGCCUUGAAGAAUAUGAAACUGACUGGUACAUUGGUUUGGUAUCUGAUGAAAAGUGGAAGGAAGCAGUUGUACAAGAAAAACCAUACUUGUUUUCUCUGGGGUAUGACUCUAAUAUGGGAGUUUACACUGGGAGAGUACUUAGCCUUCAAGAAUUGCUGGUCCAAGUUGGGAAGUUAAAUGCUGAAGCUGUUAGAGGCCAGUGGGCCAAUCUUUCCUGGGAAUUGCUUUAUGCCACAAACGAUGAUGAGGAACGAUACAGUAUCCAAGCUCAUCCACUACUUUUAAGAAACCUUACGGUACAAGCAGCUGAUCCUCCCCUGGGAUAUCCAGUUUACUCUUCAAAACCUCUCCACAUACAUUUGUAUUAGAGCCCAUUUUGACUUGUAAACGUAUUGUCAUCACAUGAGAUGGGUUUUGUGUUUUUUUUUUUUUCCAUUCUAGAAAAGUAACAAUGUGAUUCCUCAUAACUUCACUGGACUUCUCUCUCUUCCUCCAAGUCCGAUGCCUGAGAAAAGCUAAGCUCUGUAAAGUUGACUCUCUUAGCUAUCUUAAUGGUUAAAAAAAAUCAAACAAACUUGAUCUGACAUGAAAGUUAGAGCUAGUCGGCCAGUAUUUGUGCCCUGUGGAUUGUGGUAGGUUUUAGCAAAUAUAAAACAUUUGUGUAAGAUUAGAUAAUAAAUUUUUUAAUGCCUCCUUAAAUAUGUGGUAGGUGACUUGCCUUAUGGAAGUCAGCAGCUAUGUGAUUUUUACAUACUCAGAAGACACACAUACGUAUCAGUGCUUUUAAGUAAUGGUAAUGGAUCCUAUUGAAAGUUGCAAAAUGCAUAUAUAUAUUUAUUUGAAAUACUAAAUUUUAUAGUAUUUUCAAACUUAAUGCCUUUUUAACAUUUAACAUGGUCUAAGUAUUUUCAUAUAAUCUAUUCAUUUUCUUUUCAUAUACUUCAAUUCAGAAACCUUAAAAGCCUUUAGUAAAAUCUCUUACAAUAAAAUAUUUUCUUUUCCUUUCCCCGUAUCCUUUUGAUAUACAUGAAAGAAACUGGGUUUAACUUGUUUUUCAGGAUUAAUAGUGUUUGGUUACAACAUAAUGAGUUCACUACUAGAGGGCAUUCUGUUGAUCUGGCUCCUUAAGCAUUUCUUUUUUUUUUUUUUUUUUUUUUUAAUGUUUAUUUAUUUUUGAGAGAGAGAGAGAGACACAGAAUCCGAAGAGGCUCCAGGAUCCUAGCUGUCUGCACAGAGCCUGAGGCAGGGCUUGACCUCACAAAUUGCAAGAUCACGACCUGAGCCAAAGUCGGUCGCCCAACAGACUGAGCCAUCCGGGCACCCCAGGCAUUUCUUUUCAGUUGAAUAUACUGCUUCUGAAGAAUGAUUUACCCAAUAGGACUAAUGAGCACUAGUGUUGUAGGUAUCUGAACUAAAGACUGAAAGAAAUGGUAGAAAAAUUUUCAUAACAUCAGGAUAUUCAUUCUUUUGCUGCUUACAGAUACAGAGAAAAGACUGGUGGUUGCAUGAGGAGGGUGGUGGGAGAUGAAAUGGGUGAAGGGGAUCAAAAAGAAUAAACUUCCAGUUAUAAAAUAAGUUAGUCAUGGGGAUAUAAUGUACAGCACGGUGACUAUAGUUAAUACUGUAUCCCUCAUCUGAAUGCUGUUAAGAGUAGCUCUUAAAAGUUCUCAUCACAAGAAAAAUUUUUAAGUGUGACAGAUGUUAACUAGACUUACUGUGGUGAUCAUUUCACAAUAUAUACAAAUGUUAAAUCAUUAUGUACACCUGAAACUAAUGUUAUCUGUCAGUGAUAGCUCAAUUAAAAAAAAUAGUUAAGUUGGGGCGCCUGGAUGGCUCAGUCAGUUAAGUGUCCUACUUCGGCUCAGGCCAUAAUCUCAGUUUGUGAGUUCAAGCCCCCUGUUGGACUCUGUGCUGACAGCUCGGAGCCUGGAGCCUGCUUCAGAUUCUGUGUCUCCCUCUCUGCCCCUCCCCUGCUCGUGCUCUGUGUCUCUCAAAAAUAAAUAAACAUGAUCAAUGUAGCCAAUAAAGAUAUUAAAACAUGUUUCCAAGGUCGUCCCUUUGGAAAAACAUACAUGUGGAUUUGCUUUAUUGUCUAAUUAGAUAAUAAGAUUUAAGAUAAGGGAUGAUGAAAUUUUCUUUGAUCUUUAGCCUUAAGAUUCACAAAUCUUAAUAGAAAACAAUACUGACUCUUGCUUCAGAGAAUAACCUUGGAAGUUGAUUAAAAAUCAUUAUAAGGUUUUA